CAAAUUUUGAAAUGUGUAUUAUCCACAGAUCCACUACUCAACGACAACAAUGCUCCUUCGAUCUGGGCGGCGCCUCGCCGCCGGCGGCGGCGGCGGCGGCGGCGGCGCACCCCGAGGCUCUCCUCCCGGCGGAGGUUCCCCUCUCAACUCGUCUCGCCGCUCCUCUCGUCGACCCCGUCCGAGCGGGAGCAGCCCCACCUCCUCUCCGGGCCAGAUCCGGUCUCCUCCUGACGAUGGCGAUGGCCAGCCACCACCUCCUCGUCGGAGGAGGCGUGGUGAACCUCCGUCUCCAUCUCCCGUGCCAGGAACAGCAACAAGCGAAGCCGCCGUCGCGGGCCUCCCCAUCCCCGAGGAGAUCCAGGAGGAAAUCCUGCUCCGCCUGCCGGCCAACUCCGUCCUCCACUGCCGCGCCGUGUGCCGGUCGUGGCGCCACAUCGCCUCCACCCACGCGUUCCUCCUCCGCCACCACCGCCGCCAGCCGGAGUUCCCCCUUGUCACCUCCUUCCGAAACCCCGCACCCGCUGACCAAUGGAUGCCCAACUGCCUCGACGCCAUCCUCCUCCGAUCUGCAGAGCGCCGCCCAAUCUUCAGUUUCCCGCGACCCUUUUGUGGAGGUUUCCCCAUCACAGCCUCCUGCGAUGGCCUCCUCAUCGUUGGCGGGUACAUCUGCAACCCGACCACACGCCAACGCGCGCCCAUUUCCAGGUGGACGAUUGACAAUAUCGUCGGAUUAUACCGGCAUGAACCUUCCGGAGAGUAUCGCGUGCUCUACUUCGCUUCGUCAGAUACCCCUUCUGAGGUGUAUUGCCCGAUUUGCUACUGUGUCCUCGCGGUGGGUAGCAACAAGCCGAGGCAAAUCCCGUGUUCAGUGACACCCAUGGAUGAGGAGAUCAUAGGAGCACCGGGCCCGAUGAUCUUUGGCAGGCCGGUACUCAUCCAUGGCAAUCUGCACCUGCAUUGGAAGAAACGGCGGGGAACACGCUACAAUAGGAUCCUAGUCUUCAAUACGGUGGCGGAGUCAUUCCGGCAAUUGCGCCCACCAGCUGUGAAUCCUCGGAAUUAUACAAGGUUACUUGCCAUGGAUGGCAUGCUUGCUAUGUCCGUUAGCAAAGAACGUGUGAUGGACAUGAGCAUCUUCAUGUUGGAAGACUACGAUCAUGAGGUCUGGGUGUUCCGGUACAAGAUUAAGCUGCCAACAAUGGAGAUCAGGCGUUUCCAAGAUCAGGGUGAUUGGUGGGCGGAGGUUGUGUCCGAGGAGGGAGAUAUUCUUGUCAGUUGUUUUGGCUGGUUGUUGCACUGUGACAACAAGGGUAAUUUGGUGUCCAAAUUCCAGUACAAUGAUGACUUGCCAGCAAUCAGUCCUCAUAGAAUCAAGGAAAGCCUUAUUCAGCACGCCUUUUUCAAGGAAGGAACAAAGAAAUGAUCCUGAUUGAUCCAUCUCAUUUUGUGCCAUGUGAAACGAUGCUGAAGAGAACUUUCCUAUGUGAAGGACACCGGUGCAAAGACUAAACUUUAUAUGUUCUUCGUUGCGCUUACUAAUUUCUAUGUAAGAUGUACCUAGCCGUCGCUGUUUGAGGUUACUCCAGCAUUUGUAGCUCUCUGACAACAUUGUUCUGUUUUUAAAGUUACUUUUGGUUGCUCAAGUAAGGUCAAUUAUGCCGCUUGUGUUUGCACCGUAUUGGAA